AUGAAAGCUUAUGAAUUUGAGGUUGAUAAUAAAAGAAAUAUAUAAAGAGAAGAAUUAUUUAUAUUGACAAUUGUUGAAAGAGUGUUAGCAGGACACUUAUAAUCAAUAUCAUUUGUAGAUUAAGCUUAAUUUUGUGAACUAUUAACGAAAAGGUAAGCAGAAAAAAGAAUGAUUCAACCAUUGCAUAUGUAGAUUUUAGGAACAGUAAAAAGAAAUCUAAUUAAAAACUAAACACCUCUACUUGAAAAAAAAGUGCCUUAUGAGAUAAGGACUAUAACUUCAUCAUCAAUAGAAAUGAGGAAGAACCACAUUCAUACAUUUAGUAAUAAAAAUCUCAAUAAUAAAGAAUAAUAAACAACAGAAAUAGAUGGAUAAUAAUAAUAAUAACAAUAAUCUAAUAGAAAUAGUAACUUAAAAUUAGAUAAAACAUUUAAUAGUGGUUUUGCUAAAUAUCACACUAAUAGAAGUUAAUAAAUAAAUGAUUCAUCUGCUCGUUGCAUAAAUCCAUUUUAAUUGAAUAGUCCUAAUAGUACAUAAGCAGAUAAUAUAAAUAAAGAAUUUACAUCUCUAAAGUAGUCAACAAUCAAUGAAAUUCCACUUAUUCCUAAAAAUGAGAAAGCUAUAAUCAAUAUUGUUAGUUAGGAUGGAGAAAUAGAAUAAUAAGAAGAUUUUAUAAUUAAUAAUAAUAAAAAUAAUAUAGAUGAAUUGAAGAGAGUAGAUAAUAAAAUUGAUGAAAAUAUAUAAUAAUUAGAAUUAUAAGUAAAUAAAAAUCAUUAGCAAAUAAUAAGAAUUGAUAAAUAGGAUUCCAAUAUACAAUAAUCAAAAUAAUUAUAAAAUCACUCCAGAAAAUAAUCACAAAACUUACCAAUGGGGAGUGAUUCUAGCAAAAUGGAUUUAAAAGAGAAAUUAUAAAAAUAUUAUAGUAAUGAUGAAGAAUUUAGUACUUAAAGAAGAUAAAUGACUUAAAGUGAUAGAUUAAAAAAUAUAAGUUAUGGUACUGAUCCAAAUACAAAAGAUAUUAAAGUAGACAAUUAAAUAUAAAUAAUUUAAAGUGCUAAGUAUUUAGAUAAUGAUAAGAAAUCUCAUAAGAUAUAAUAAAAAUAAUAAAUGGUCAAAUUUUCAUUUAUUCCUGGAGGAACAUAAGAAAUUGUAUCAUAAACAGAAAAUUCUUUUAAAGAUUAGAUUAGUCAUAAGAAAAGUUCUGAAGAAAUUCAUCCAACUGGAAAUUUCCUUUCUCCUCCAUAAUCUUUUAGAUCAAUAAUUUCUGCAAAAUCUACAAAAACUAAACUUAAAACAUUAUAAUCAAAUGAUUAAAAAAUAUAUGAUCAAUAAAAUUAAUAAGAAUAAUAAUAAUAUGAAAAUUCAGUUUCAAAAGAAGAAUCAUAAAUUUCAUUAUUAGAAUAAUCAUUACAUAAUCAUCAUCAUGAAUAAAAUCAUCUUUUACAUUCAAAUACAUUAAGACCAGCAACUACACAUAUUGAAUCCAAUAAAUAACAAGAUUAUCCAUUAUUUUAAACUCAUGAUAAUUUGGAUUUAAUGAAAAAAUCUACUUAGAAACUAUUGUAAUAAUAAACUAGUAUCACUUCUAUCAUGCAUGAUGAAGAAAACUUUUAAAAUAAUUAAACAUUUACUUAAUAAAUUAAUAUAUAAGUUAAUUAAUGUGAACCAACUCAACCAACAAAUAAUAUAAUAAUAGAAGAAUCCAUUGAAGGUUCUCCCAAUUAUAAAAUUCAGAAUUAUCAACAUACUGCUGCAUCUUUCUCACUCUUAAAAUUAGAAGAUUAAAAUUUAUUACCAACUUAAACUAAUAUUCAAUAAAAAUAACCAUUAUCACCUAAAAAUGGAUACAUCCCUUCAAAUUCAUAUAUUCAAACUUAAAAUUUGAUACCAGGUACUUAAUCAUAAUCAAAAAUGCUUAUACCUAUUAAUAAUACAUAGAAUAGUAUUAAAAAUAAUAGAUCAACUAAUAAAUCUAGAUCUUAAAUUAAAGAUUAAAUAUAACAAUAAUAAAUAUUAUAAUAAUAAUAAAGAUCUGAAGAUAGUUAACCUGAAAGUAAAUUGACUAUAGAAUCUUCUUAAGGAGAUAAAUCAAAUAGAUCUAGAAUUGUAAAAAAUUCAAAGUAAUUAAAAUUACCAGCAGCUGCAGUUGCCUUAAAUUUUGCUAGAAGAAAAUCAUCUAAUUAGAUUUCACCAAUGGAUGUAAAAAUUAUUAUUAAAUUAUUUUUAAGCCUAAAAAAAUGGAAUAAUAAGAAAAAGAAAAAUAAAGAUAGAUUGAAUAUUAAAAGUAAAUUGAAAAAAUGAAAUAUGAAAGAGAAUUAAUGGAAUAAUUCAAAAUUCCAGAUGAUAUGCCCUUAUUAUAAAAAAGAGCAAUUAUUGAAUAAUUAAUGAAAGAAUUAGAGGCUAAUACUGAUUAAGAUGCUAAAUAUUAAAUAAUGUUAUGUAAUAUAAAAAUUAUAUUUAUUUUAGAUAAACAAAGAUAAGAAUAAAUUUAAAAUGCAUCUAAAUUUGAAUUAAUUUUUAAUAAUAAUCUUUCAAAUUGUUAUGAAGAAUUAUCACAUAUUUCAGAAUUGAAAUUAAAAUUAUUAGGUAAAGAUACAGAUCCAUCAAAAAUUUAAUUCUUAAAAUUUGAAGAUUAACUUUAAACUAAUUUUCAUGGAUAAUCAAAAUCUUUUACAUAAGAUCUUGGUUCACCAAUGAAAAAAAACUUAAAGUUUUUUAGUAAAUUAGACCCAGUUGAAAUAGAAAAUUAAAUGAAUAGAAUGAAAGAAUUUAAAUAAGAAACAGAAAUUUUAAAAUUAUUUUCUUCAUUCAAUAAUUAAUAUGAAAAAGAAGUAUAUAUAUUUUAUAUAUUAAGGUGAAUUAAUGUGAUUUAGAUUAUCCUACUGAAAAAGAUAGAUACAGUUCUAUGGAUUUUCAAAGAGGAUUCUUACCAAAAGCUAUUCAUAGACGUAAAAAGACUAAAAAGAAAAGCACAAAAAUAGUUAUUAAUACUUAUAGAAUGGACCCAACCAAAAUAGAUUAAGUUUUAGCCUAAACAGAAAAAAUAAAACAAGUUGGAUAAUUUUUAUUAUGA